AUGAAUUUCGACUAUUUCUCCAAGUUCCUUCGGCCCAAUGCUCAACCAGUGCCAAAACCCCCUCACGACCAUGCACAGGAGUUCCACAAGUCGUGGCAAUGCGUCAAGACAACUCUUAUGCACCCAGAUGAACGACAAUUGACUCGGGGUAUCAAGUCCACCGACGUACCGGCCCAUCUCCAAUCGAUGGUUGACUCACUUGUCUCCGAAUCGACGCGAACUGAAGAAGGCGGCACCGGCGCGUGCCUUGAAUAUCUACUCAAGAACGAUGUUUUGGGCACACUCGUUCGCCUUAGUGAAACCGACAGACCAUCGGGAAUCCAGGCGGAAGUACUCAGAGCAGUCCAGAAUAUGGUCAUCCUUCUCGAUGAGCAAUUUCUUGUUCACUCUGCCGUCCACCGUGCCGUGUUACGUCUAUUGCGAAACUGCGCUGGCGAUGACUUGCAAGAGCAGCUCGAUGGGAAGCACAAAGUAAUGGGCGCGGCGCAAAACGCCAUUCGCAGUCAGCCAUCUGAAUACGAGACCGAUUUGGUCAACCUGCUCUGCAUUCUCUGCAGUCGAAUACGGACAUAUCGGGAAUUACUGAUGAUAUUCUUCCACGACAAGCACUGGUAUCGCUCUGAACCACUAUUUUCUGUUGAAGAAGAGCAAGAGGAGGAAGAUGACGAAGACGAUGAACCAGAAACACCCAAGGCUGAACAACCUGCUACUUCCCGGUCACCUUCACCUCAUCCAGCCAAUACAACUACCAAAAAGACGGAAUACGAGUUCCUUCUCUUUAAUUACCUCUUGCGUUUCGUCCAUCGGGAGGGUCAGAUCGGUGACUUUGCCCGAGCCGGUCUGCUAUUCCUGAUGGAUGUUGCAAUGUCGCCUGGAGAACCUAUUCACAAACUAGGAGACUCUUCCUCGGACCCUCAAACUUCUGACCCAAUCACCGAUGCAGCGUUGGCCCUUGCUGAAUAUAUCCUCGAUGGCGAUUUCUCUGAAGUGUUGGGUGCUGGCCUGGGUGCUGUGUAUUCGCUUCUGCCUUCCAAACUCGAGUUCAGAGCGUCGCCUUCAUCGCUUGAGUCACAAAGCGGAAUGGUUAUAGGCAGUACUGGUCCGGAAACGGAAGACGAGAAAGAGCGGUCAGAGGUUGCUAGGGACAGAUCUCGGGCGAUGGGUAUUGAAGAUGCUUCCAACGCUGAUUUCAAGUCGCGUCUCGACCACUUCCUCAAACUACUUGAAUUCCUGCAGGACGUUCUCAAGCGUAAUAUCGUUCACGACACGAUGGAUGCAUCAGCUCUUGUUGGCACUGCGAUUGUGCAAUCAAUACUCGAUGCUGUAAGGACUAUAUUCCUCGAAAAUGUGCUUUAUCCGUCGGUGCUGGAGUGCUCCGAUGCAGAUGGAAGUGCAGUUGCUGUCAUGUCUUACAUCGAGGUCAUGAUUCGUACCCUUCAACAAGGCCAACUCUCAGAAGUGCUAGUCAACUUUUUGAUGAGCGAAGACAACGAUGAAGUUCGGUUGCGUCAAAGACCCCAUUCUGUUCUGACGCUCGGUGGUGAUGCUCCGCCCCAAGCAAAAUCUGCCGAGAAACAAAAUAAACUGCGUCGACGCAAGAGCAGUGCAAUGGUUUUACUGGAAAUGGAGGCUCCCGACUCGAAUAGACAGUCGGAGUAUUUCACAUCCAUGGGCCGCUUCACUCUCAAAGACUUGUUAUUGUCUAAUUUGCGCUCCUCCUCUCAAGCGACUGGCGCAUCUGCUCUGCAACUACUACAAUCCAUGCUACUCCAACACUCGCAGCUUUGCGUUGAACGUUUGUUGCGAGUUAUACCAGACCCCAGAGCCACAUGUUUCCCUCAUCCUGCGAUGAUACCCGCUCCUCCAACAUUUUCCAAACCCGAAGUAGAUGAUGAUGAUGACGAAGAAACGUUUGUUUAUCCCGGAGCAGAAGACGAUUCCUCGCCAGAGGAGGAAAUACCAUCUGGGCCUGUCUUUUACCAACCUGAGACAACAUACUCGACCCAUGAGCGAGAAAUGGGCUUAUACCUGACUCUUGUCUCUCGGGUUGAUCCCUCUCACAACGACGAUGCUUUCAGCACGGGGUACGACCACUAUCUUCGAGACGCUCUCUUUGGGAUCCAAAGCCAGUCAGCAUUCCGCCUCGACACGGAAGAGUCAUUUGACAUGGAGGCGCGCCAAAAAUUAAAACAUCGUCUGAACCCCAACGAUCCCAUUUUAUCUCUCAUCCUUGAAUCUCUGCGAAAAUUCUUCUCCAACACCCCUGAAUUCAACAUGGCUUUGACUGGCGUGCUGGCCGUCCUCGCGAUGCACCCUGACCGCUCAUUGGCUGGCUGGCUAACAUUCGCACCGACUGACCCGUAUUCCGAGCCUUCCCAAAUCCCCGAGAACGACGACUCUACAGAAGCAGAUGGUGAUGGCGACGACCGCUCUGUCGACUACAAAAUCGAUGAAAAAUUAGCCACCGACACCAACUUCCUCCCUGCUUCCCGGAUGGAUGCUGCUUCGAGACCAAUAGUGCACACAAUUUUCCAUGGGCUUGUUUCGCAACUGGAGCGAUAUCGGCAGCUGGUAGACAACUUUGACAAAUACCUGCUUGAGCGCCGCCAGGGCUUGCUGUUCUCGGAGAAUCUCACAGACGCUCUGUCGCUUGACCUUGGUGAAGAGCUCCUUCGACCUGCAACGCCAGAACAGGUCACGAGACCGAAACCCAAACCAACUGCCUCUUCCUUCAUGACCUCUUUGUUGACACCCAAGAAGAGCAAACCAUCGAAACCCGCUGCAAGCGACUCGACCCCACUCCGGACGGGACAACGGAGUGUGUCGGCCAGUCCGUUUGGCCCACACUACCAACACACAGGUUCGGUUGAAGUCGAGCCUUUUAUCGCACCUGUUCCCCCCACUGGUGGCUGGACUCCAGCGAAAUCAUCACGGUGGUCUACUGACGACGACGACGUGUUUGGCUCGGCCUGGUCAGACAAACCGCUGACCAGCGAGCUUAAACCGAAGGACGACCCAGAUAGACCUGCCAACGUGACCCUUUCGCAACUGCUGGACAACGUUGUGAUCUUGGAGGAGAGCAUCAAGGAGCUUGUAGCCAUAAUUUCCGCUCGUAGGGCGCUGGGAAUCGACGCCGUUCGCUAUGUAUGA